GGAGCCUUUCCAUAAGCUCUUGGUUCAGGGUCUUAUCAAGAAUCGGACGUUCAGACUACCGACAACAGGCCAGUGUUUGAAGAGAGAGGAGGUUGAUCUCACUGGAACUGAACCAGUUCACCUAAAAACUGGUGAGAAGCUCCAAGUUACUUGGGAAAAAAUGAGCAAAUCUAAGCACAAUGGAAUAGACCCUAAAGAAUUAGUGAGAGAGUAUGGCAUUGACACUCUGCGUCUCUACCUUCUGUUUGCUGCUCCUCCAGAACAAGAUAUUUUGUGGGAUGCUAAAACUGACGCUAUGCCAGGCGUUCAGAGAUGGCAGACGCGCCUCUGGACACUUGUAACCAAACUUAUUGAAGCAAGGACUUCAGGAACCCUGCCUAAUCCUGAGCUUCUGAAUAAGAAAGAGAAGGCUGAAGCCAGGAAGAUCUGGGAGCAGAAGAAUCUGGUGAUUUCUGAGGUAACAGAGUACUUCACAAAGGAUCACUUGUUCAAUGCAGCUAUUUCCCGGCUGAUGAGCCUCACUAACGUGCUCCACCAAGCUUCUCGGCCUCUUAUUCUCCACAGCAGAGAAUUUGAAGAUGCUUUGGCUUCACUCUGCAUUAUGGUUGCACCUAUGGCUCCGCACAUUGCAUCGGAGAUGUGGAAAGGUCUGGCACAUGUGCCGAAUCAGCUUUGUACUCACCAUCACUGGGAGUCUGACGUGCUGCAUCAGUCCUGGCCCGGAGUAGACCCGGAGUACCUUCAGCCGUCAGAUGUUGUGGAGAUGUCCGUUCUGAUCAAUAACAAAGCUUGCGGCAAAGUUUCUGUGCCUCAGCGAGCAGCCCGCAAUUUUGAAGAGGUCCACGAGCUGGUUCUUCAAAGUGAACUUGGAGUCAAGCAUCUGCAGGGACGAACCAUCAAAAAGGCUUUUCUGUCUCCCAGAGCUGCCCUUAUCAACUUCCUGGUGCAAGAAUAGCAAAGGCUCGGCUGGGUUGGGAAAGUCUUUUUGAGACUAAACCAAUUUGAAU